AUGCGUAGUUUUAUUACAAUUGAAGAAAAAGGUAGUGUUCGUGAAUUUAUUAUAAGUGAUCUUAGUAAUGUCGGCUUACGCAUUGAUACAAAUAAACAUCGUAAUAUAACGAUCGGUCAAACAUCUCCUCAUAUAUCAAAAACUCAACGUGGAACACGUGUAUUUAAUGUGCCUCUACAUCAAUUGGAUACAGUCACAGUACGAAUAGAUGAACUCGAUUUAACAGUACCCAUUUUUUUACGAUGGUGUUUUGAUUGCAUACGUCGUUCAAUAAAACAUGAAGGUCUCUUUCGAAAAUCAGGUGGAUCUCAACGUGUUAAAGAACUUAUGGCUCGUAUUGAAGAUGGUUUAUUAACGCCAAGUUUAUCAUCAUCGAAUACAGUAUUCGAUGUUUGUUCAUUGUUUAAAGAAUUUCUCCGUCGUCUUACAUAUCCAUUAAUUACAUAUCCUAUACAAGAUCUUUUACUUGAUUGUUUUUCCAUGCGUGCAUUACCAGCAGAGAGAAAAAUUGACAUUUAUCUUAAUAUUCUUUUACUUUUACCCGAUGAACAUUUGCAUGCACUUAUUUAUAUAUUACGAUUUUUACAUGAAAUAACAUUACAUGAACGCGAAAAUAAAAUGAAUGCAAAAAAUUUAGCUAUUUGCGUUGGUCCUGGUAUAAUGCGUACUCCGAUUGAUGGUAAAGCAACUAUAAUGACUGAACAAUGUGCAACGAAUGUUAGUGAUAUUGUUGAAAUAUUAAUUACAAAUGCAAUGAAACUUGGUUUUAUAACUGACUCAAUUUUUGAACGAUCACAAAUGCUAUUAGAAAUGAGACAAAAAGAAGUUGUGCAAAAUGGUGACGAUAGUUUUGCUAUUGAAAAUGGUAUUAGAAAUGGUAUUGGUGGUGGAAAAAUGAAUGAUCCAGCUAAUGCAAAAAAACGACGGAGUGGUUCUGUGAAAGAAUUUCUUGUUCAUAUGACUAAUCGACUUCGUCGUCGAUCUGGUUCGAAUAACGAUAGUCGGGAUCAAACAAAUGCAUUUCUCGAUCGAAGUGGUAAAUUAUCAUCGUCUCAUACACGAGAACAUCGAUAUCAUUAUCAACAGAAUAGUAUUAAUGCACAUUGUCUAUCAUCAUCAUCAACUUCAAGUACAACAACGAAAAGAAAAUCAAGCGAUGAUCCAAAUGGUGGUAAUUCAAAACGAGGUAAAACAAAAACAUCAUCACAAGAGAAAAUCUCGUUACCAAAUGCAAAUCGUUUUACAAGUCCAAUAUCAGCAUUUCGACGAAAAAAGAAAACAUCAAGUCAUACGAAUGAUCCUGGUUUUCCUUUCAAAAUUGAACAUUCACAUUUACCACAAUUACUUCAUUUUACCGAUGAAGUUCCAGUACGCUUUAUGAAUACUAUUAUCAAUCCCACACCAUCAUCUGCAACAUCAUCAUCUUCACUAUCAACGACAACCCCAAGUGGCUCGAUGACAACAUUGACUACGUCCAUGAUGAGCAAUGUUUCACUUGGACAUGGCAACCAUCAGCAAUCAUCAAUGAUACCAUCGGAAACACCUACAACAUUACUACCGAAUCUAGCAUCGAUUUCUUGUAAUAAUAAAUCACUUGAUCCAAAAAAGCUUAAUCUGCUCGAUUCGUGGAAGUGGCCAAAGUCGGCACGGAAAGUUGUUGAACGAAAACCUCUCAUUGCAAUUCACGCUCCAAUGUUAACUACAUCUACGAUUGAUUCUAACUCGUUUACUGAAUCAUCGCCAUCACCAAUUAAAGCAGUAGAUAAUUCAUUGCAAAUAUCAUCACAACAAUUAGCGGGUACAUCACUCCUCAUGCAUUCGAGUUUUGGUGUUGCUCGUCGCCAUUCUGAUGAUGUUACUAGUACAUCAUUUACAGCAACGACAACAUUUCGGCCACGUCGUUCAAUAUCAUCAAGUGCUGGUCAACAGCAGACUCGUCAUGUUGUUUGUAUGCUUAAUAAUUAUUCUCAUUCAUUACCAAGUCAACAACCAGGCACAAACGAUGAUAUUGAUUAUGAUCAACAAUCAAAAGAUCCGAAUCAUAACUUAACGCAAGAAGAUUCAUUUAAUGAUGAUGACGAUGACGAAGAUAUGGCCAAUGAACUUAAUCUAGCUGUUGUUGUUGGUAAUGAAGAUAUGCAAUCAUUAAAGGAAUAUACAAAUGAGCCCAUGCCUAAUGAUCAUGGUUCACUCGAUGUUGCAUAUAUUGAUGAAACUGAUUUAGAAAGAAAUUGUAGUCAUACAAAACCUACAUGUGAGAAUGAUCAAACGAAUGCUGCUGAUGCUCCACAGUUAGAUAUGAAAAAUGACGAGAAUGAAGUUACAUCACACACACUAAUAAAUGAAGACAAUAAAGAACAAAAAGAUGCAAUUAAAAUUACUAAUCAAGAACCAACACAAGUGAUUAUAUCAGUUUUAGUAGAAAAGCCGUUAAAUAGAGAAAAUGACCUUGACGAAAUUUUACGACGAAAUGAAAAUCGUUGUAUUCGAUUGACAGAUUCAGAUGAUGAAGAUUGUGAAAAUUUUCAAAUUAAAAAAACACCUGUACAAAAUUUCAAUAAUAAUGAUAUUAAUUUAACAACACCGAAAAUACCAGUUCGUCUUUCUUCAUCAAUAACAAAUUUAAUUGCAUCGUCCAUUGAUGGUGUACCAGCAUCAGUAACUAAAGAACGUACAAAUUCAUGUUCGAUAUCUCAACCAUCCCAUGAUUUAUUUCCUGCAUCAAAUAACAAAUCGGUAUUACUGAAUCUCGAAGAGAAUGAUGAGAAUGUUAGUCUACUCAAUCAUGGUCGAGAUAGUUUUAUCGUACUUAAAGAUAAAUUAUGUGGUCAUGUACAAAACCAAGUACGUGCAUUUGAACGACAUUCAUCCGAUAAUGUACAUAAUCGAUCGCAUACGCAAUCACUAACCCGUAGAUUAUCAUCACAAGAAAUAAAUGAAGUUAAUAAAAGUCCAUUUACUAUCGGAUUAAUGCAUACACCUGAACAACGUAUUAUUGAAGAGGCAUUGAUCCGGGGUAAUAAAAUUAUUUCGUCAGGAACUCGAACCGGUGAAGUUGCUCGUUCAGUAAAACGUUUACAAAAAAAGACACCGAUACAGCGAUGGAAAGAACGAACAGAAGAACUGGCAAAGCGUCAUCAUCUACCAUCACCAUAUCGUUUCUUGCAUAUGAAAACAUCUAGCGAUAAAAUAUAA